AUGACCAUUUUUCCGAUAGACUUACCAAAAUUUUUUUCACUCAAUUGUCGACGAAAAUAUUUUGCUCCAACUGAAGUUAAUAUUGGUGAUGUUGUUAAUUUAAUUGGUGGUACAAUAUUUGGAUUUCCAGCUUUAUUUAAAACUUUAUCACAAUAUGGAAUUUAUGGUGAUCAAAAUAAUUGUUCAUCAUCAUCAUUAAUAAAUAGAACAGAAAUAGAAAUUCGAGAAUUAUCUUGUGAAAAUGCAUUAACAUUAGAAAUUAUUUUAUUUGAAAUUCCAUCAGUAAUUAUUGGUCCAUUGAUUGAUAGAUUUGGAUGUCGAUUUGUUAAAUUAAUUACAAUAUAA